ACUCACUUCACCUCGCCUCCAUCUCCACCUCAUGUAUGAAACGUAGUAUCUAUACGCUUUUGUUUAGAUCCAUCAGCUAACUCCAUACACUAUCAAAUUUCAUUGUCGCUCGCAUUCAUACUGAUCAUUCACACGCUUUCACCUCAUACUGUGAACAUUGGGUAGCUGUUAACACUCGUGAAAACAAUCGACUCUAAACAGUUACUGUAUGUGCUGUGCUAUCUGAGAGCGUGUUGCGUGUAGUGGUCGAUUACAACGGCACUUUGUCUCGACGGAUAGUACCGGGCAGCACCACGUUCCGCCACAGCAAACUCCGCUACUCCAACCACCUUCCCGCGAGGGGAUCCCCUCUGCGAGCGCGCCAGUCCAUCAAGGCCGCGUCAUUGAGUCGCAUAGAGAACGGCCAGCGGGGCGCAGGCGGAGAGGGCGCCGUCGGCGGAAACGUCGGCGCCGCGGCCGACCGCCUCGGCUACGGCUAUGAGGCGCUUUCUGCCGCCAGCGAUGGGAGCGAUCAGGAGCCAGAAGACGUUCCCGAAUACACGCCCUUCGACAUGGAGCUCUCGGGCGGUGGAGAGUCCGCUGAAGGGCCGUCGUCCCGUGGCUCUGCCAAAGUAAACUUCCCUCCCGAUGUGGAGCUGGAGCGCCGCGCGACUGGCGCCUUCGGAAGCGUCCUGCACCGCGGACGAGGACGCUCCAUGAGCGCCUGGAGCGACAUCAGCCGUUCCAGCAUACGCUUCGAGGAACGGGUCCGGGUGGAGUACUACGUGAACGAGAACACGUUCAAAGAAAGACUGCAACUUUACUUUAUAAAGAACCAAAGAUCGAGUUUACGCAUUAGGAUAGUGAACCUAUUUUUCAAGAUUCUGGCGUGUCUCCUAUACAUAUUCCGCGUCUGCGCUGACGGAGACCCAAUAAACGCAACAUGUUACGGGUGUAAACCAGGCAACAAGUCGGAGUUCGAGUUCUCCGCCAAUCUCACGGAGGAGGAGUUUCAGGAGCACCCCAUCAUCAACUGGGAUGGCAUUAUCUGGGUGCACCGGCCGCUGUACCUCUGGCUCGUGCAGGUCAUCUUGGCCAUGAUCUCGCUGGCUGAAGCCAUCUUACUUGCCUAUCUCGGAUACAAAGGCAACAUUUGGCAGCAGAUUCUCUCGUUUCACUUUAUCCUUGAGAUGGUGAAUACCGUGCCGUUUGCGUUGACGGUUCCCUUCCCACCAUUGCGGAACCUGUUCAUACCGGUGUUCCUCAACUGCUGGCUCGCUAAGAGAUCGCUUGAAAACAUGUUUAACGAUUUACACCGAGCGAUGCAAAAGUCCCAGUCAGCUCUUUCGCAGCAACUUAUGAUACUCUGUGUGACUUUACUUUGUCUGGUUUUUACAAGCGUCUGCGGCAUCCAGCACUUCCAGCGUGCUGGCCACAGACACCUGAACUUGUUCCAAGCGACCUACUUCGUGGUGGUGACGUUCUCCACGGUGGGCUACGGGGACUUCGUGCCUGACAUCUGGCCCUCGCAGCUCUUUAUGGUCAUCAUGAUUGGAGUUGCGCUCGUUGUUCUGCCGACUCAGUUCGAGCAACUAGCCUUCACGUGGAUGGAGCGACAAAAGCUGGGAGGGUCGUACUCCUCCCACCGAGCUCAGUCGGAGAAGCACGUCGUGGUCUGCUCCACCACACUCCACGCGGACACCAUCAUGGACUUCCUCAACGAGUUCUACGCGCACCCUCUGCUGCAAGACUACUACGUCGUACUCUUGUCUCCUAUGGAACUGGAUACUACAAUGCGGAUGAUCCUACAGGUUCCGAUCUGGGCUCAACGCGUGAUCUACAUCCAGGGAUCAUGCCUCAAGGACACAGACCUGAUUCGCGCAAGAAUGAACGAAGCCGAGGCCUGCUUCAUACUCGCUGCGAGGAAUUAUGCUGAUAAGACUGCUGCUGAUGAGCACACUAUUCUCAGGUCGUGGGCCGUAAAGGAUUUUGCACCAGACGUACCACAGUACGUCCAGAUCUUCAGACCCGAAAACAAGUUGCACGUGAAGUUCGCAGAAUUCGUGGUCUGCGAGGACGAGUUUAAGUAUGCGUUGUUGGCGAACAACUGCACCUGUCCCGGCGCCUCUACACUGGUCACCUUGCUGCUGCACACCAGCAGGGGACAGGAAGGUCAGCAGUCCCCCGAGGAGUGGCACCGCUUGUACGGCAAGUGCUCCGGCAACGAGAUCUACCACAUCCUGCUUGGGGACAGUCGCUUUUUCGGAGAAUAUGAGGGCAAGAGCUUCACCUACGCCAGCUUCCACUCGCACCGCAAGUACGGAGUGGCCUUAGUAGGAGUUCGACCCGCCGAACUACCAGAAUUUUAUGAAGAAACGAUAUUAUUAAAUCCUGGCCCAAGACACAUUAUGAAAGCGAGUGACACAUGCUACUAUAUGAGCAUCACAAAAGAGGAGAAUUCGGCUUUUGUUUCCGACAAACAAACGGAGAAACCGAUAUCAAAAGAUCAGACAGCAUGUAGCCUGGUCUCUAACGAGAGGGACGCGGAAGAGGGAGGCGGGCAGAAAAGACCAGACGGUAGUAAAAUGGAUCCAUUCGACCUCCCAAAAGUGGUUCUACAAGCUCCCGCAAGUUCAAAUGCAUCGCCAUCACGCCAUACUGUUUCAUCCGCUAAUUUUACUAUGACUAGCUAUAAAGUCGAUGGCUCGGAGUCCCGCAUGUGUCUCAAGGACUCUCCGGCCACCGACAGCGCUACGGACAGUCACUUGCUACUGCCACGGGCUGACAAUCCUAACUUCCUCAGUCCUGACACUCUGCAUUCACGUCGAGGUAGCCGCCGCCCUUCGAUACUCCCCGUACCAGACAUGGUGACCAGCAGCCUGAACAUCGCGUCGGACAAUCAAGAGGAGGAGCCUGAAGUGGACGUCAGUGAGGAUGAAAUGGAAGACAAUGUGCCCUGGAGGUCCCCCUCAGAGAAGAUCGCAGACGACGCGACCAGCAGCUCCAUGUCGCUAGCAGACUGCGACGCGCGGUCCGCAUGGCGAAACGACUUCUCUAGGAUCGUGAAAGGUUUCCCACCCGUCUCGCCUUUCAUCGGCGUGAGUCCAACGCUUUGCUACUUGCUUAAGGAAAAGAAGCCGCUGUGCUGUCUCCAACUAGCCCAAGUGUGUGAGCAUUGCUCGUAUCGAAACGCAAAAGAGUAUCAGUGGCAGAACAAGACGAUCAUCUUGGCAGCUGACUACGCCUCAAACGGAAUCUACAACUUUAUAAUUCCUUUGCGAGCUCACUUCAGAUCGAAGACGUCGCUGAAUCCAAUAAUAUUGCUUCUGGAGCGCAGACCUGAUAUAGCAUUUUUGGAUGCCAUUUCAUACUUCCCGUUGGUUUAUUGGAUGAUGGGGACUAUUGAUUCGUUGGACGAUCUUCUUAGAGCUGGGAUAACGCUGGCCGAGAAUGUUGUUGUGGUCAACAAAGAAUUGUCCAAUUCCGCGGAAGAGGACAGUCUAUCCGACUGCAAUACGAUUGUCGCUGUUCAAACGAUGUUCAAAUUCUUUCCUUCAAUAAGAUCCAUCACGGAACUGUCGCAAUCAUCUAACAUGCGCUUCAUGCAAUUCCGUGCACAUGACAAAUAUGCUCUUCAUCUCUCGAAGAUGGAAAAGCGUGAAAAGGAACGCGGCUCGCACAUAUCAUACAUGUUCCGCCUGCCGUUUGCCGCCGGCUCCGUGUUCUCGGCCUCGAUGUUGGACACUCUGCUCUACCAGGCGUUUGUCAAGGAUUACGUCAUCACAUUCGUCCGCUUGCUGCUGGGGGUCGACCAGGCGCCUGGAUCCGGGUUCCUUACAUCCAUGAAAAUAACAAAGGAAGACAUGUGGAUCCGUACAUACGGUCGGCUUUACCAAAAGUUAUGUUCGACAUCUUGCGAAAUCCCGAUCGGUAUCUAUCGAACCCAGGACACGAGCCUGGCCGACCCUUCUCACGUGAGUAUGUCUCCACGCGGCUCCUCAAGUUGGUUAUGGUCACGCCUCACGGGAAUGCGAACAUCGCAAGGAUCGGCGGGUUCGGAGGAGAGCCGGCAGGGCGGAAGGGCGGAGGGCAGGACCGACUCCAGGUCUCCUACGGGCUGCCUCAGUGGCUGCUACGGCGAUCGCACGCCGGCGUAUUCGGCGAGUCUAGCCGAUGAGGCAAGAGACAACCAUGCGCAACAAAUUGAGAGAGCUGAAAUAGCUAACCUGGUGCGAUCUCGAAUGGAGUCCCUCAAUUUGAGCGGAAUUGACUAUGACGAUGUCAGUGAGAAGCGCAACAGCCUGUCUUACGUUAUCAUCAAUCCCAGCUGCGACUUAAACCUACAAGAAGGAGAUAUUAUAUAUCUUGUUCGACCGUCUCCAUUCUCGGCACAGAAAACAUUUGAGCGACACAACAGCCGCCGGAAGUCGAAUAUAAGCUUCUGUUCCAGCGCGAUGAUUCAAGCAGCGGCCGGAGGUAGCCGCAGAGGAUCGGCGAUGGCUGGCCUGACGAGCUUGUCGCCCCGGGCGCCUCCGCUGUCCACCACCAAGGCGAACUCGCUGUCGCUUCCGGAUAGUCCCACCAUAAUAACGGACUUCCGUGGACGCUCAAAUUCGCUGCGCGUGGUCGACGAUGCCAUGCUGCGUCGUUCAAACUCCCUGCGGCAGGGCAUCGGCAUGGGCGCAAUAUCCCGCCGGCGAAAGAGCAGCCUGGAAGAAAUUGGCAUCACGCACUUCAACUCCUUGUUGCAACAUCAACAACAACAACAGCAGCAGAACGCCGAGGCCAUAAAGAUGGCUCUGAAUGGGAGUAUCGGCUUGGAAGUGACUCCCCCCGAUGAGGGGCCCAUGGAUCAUCUGGGCGGCCCGUUCAGCGGCUACCAGGAAAUGGCGGCGGCUCUGCCUUCCACGUCGUCGGCGGCGAGUCUGCGCCCAUCCUCUCCAGACCCUCAGAUGCUGCAGGGUACCAUCGUAUGAUACAAUCCCAUGUGGGGACGGCGACUCAGGCGACGACGCAAGGAUUAAACGGCCCUGUUCCAAUUUGAACCCUGUCCCUUAGACUUGACUAUCUCUGCACGUAUUGUAGUGUUGCAAUUGUAUCUUUCAAAACCUAUCGGAGUGGACUAGAUGCGGUAACGCAGUGAAUUGUUAGCGGGAUCAACUAGUUAGUACGUAGAGGAAAUACGUUGGCGUAAGGCUGUAAAUAUCUUUAAGCUUUACCUAUCUUUACUGUAACUUGGCAUUGUACUUGUAAAUAACUAUUGUGUAGCGUGUAUGGCGGUGGCCACAUCUUGCGCCUGGUCUCUGAUUAUCGAUUUUUGUAUCUUAUUGAAAACGGCCAGGCUAAUGUUACUUAACAAAAUAUCUGAAAGUUUUAAAUUAUUAAUGAGUCGAAUUUUUAAAAAAUGACCUUAAUUAAAAUGAAUAUACAUAUUAGUCCGGUCAAUUUAGACAUAAAAAUAAUAAUAAUUCCGGCAGAGCCUACCGUUUCUGAGAUAUUGCGCUUGUAACAAUAAUGUUCUACUUAAUAUGUACGCAUAUGCCACGUUUAUAAAUAUUUAGCUAAAUGAGCAAAAAUACCUACUUAUGUCUCUGUGUGUCCUGUAUUUUGGAAGUGAAUUAUAUUUAACACCAUAUAAUUCACUUUCAAAAUACAGAUAGUCCCAGAAUCCCCUGUACUCGUAUGGCCUUGAAUAACAUCAGUUUAACGUUUAGUUCGAGUGACUAAUGGUAUUUCUUAUAAGUAUCGGCUGCUGUUGCUUGUACUGAUUCAUAUUUUAAAAACCCCAUCCGUUUCAGCUUUUGACACACAAAAGAGAUUCUUUGAAUGUAAGUGCAGGAAAUUCUACAAUUUUUUUCUGCGAUAAUUCUGCGCUUUCUUCUUCUCGGCCUCUUCAUCCGCUUCACCACCACAUCAAUAUUUUUUUAAACAAAACUUUCAUCCUUACUGUUCAUCCUGUUCAUCCUGAGAUUGAACUUAUUCGCGUAUGCUUUUCUCUUUUUAUUUGCAAUCCACGUGGACUGUAGCUGACUUUUCGCUUCUUAAAUAAUAAGCACAUUUUGAAAGUUUGCAUUCCACAACUGACCACCACAAUUUCAUUUUCAGUCAAAAGUUUAUAGCAAAUAAAACGAAAUUUUGACUAUUUUUAAUUUAUCCCAAACAGCAGUAGUCGACAUUUGUAAGAAACACUAUUAUUCAAUCGAACAUUUCGAUCGUUUAACACUAAAGAAUCAGGUUUGUGAGAAAAACGAUAAUUCCUCAAGGUUAAGCUUGAAUCGUAUGAUUUGAACUUCUUAUGUUGAAAUUCGACCACUAUAUCUUAAUCUUACGCGCUCGAGUCGAUUCUUUUACAUUUAUUACCCUUCACGCUAUUUAAAUUCUCCUAUUAAUACAUUAUUUAUUUCAGUGACAUCCUGAAGCGUUCAGAAUAACAAAAUCUAACGCGAUUGAGUAAUUAAAAUGCAUUGUUUUUUUUUUUAAUAAAAAUUCUGUUCCCUCGCUAAAAGUGAAAAUAUAACAGAACCUUUUGCGAAUUCUAACAUGUUUUAGAAAAAUCAUCAUUUAGCAUCAUGGCACCCCUUACAAUUAUCAUCAUCAGCCCAUAUAUGUUCGCACUGCUGGGACACAGGCCUUCUAUGAGGGUUAGGUAGUAGUUUUCUUUUUUCAAAGAAAACUGUACAAUAGGGGGAUAUUAUUUAAGGCCGUACUAGUAGAGGGGAUUCAGUGAGACUUCCUGUCUUUAAAAGUGUAUUUCCUUAGAAUUAUAUAGUGUACAUAUAAAAAGACACGAGACAUGAGACACAAUGGCUAUUUUUGCUUAUUUGAGCUAAAUAUUUAUAAACGUAUAUGAGCGCAUAUGAUGCAGAAUGUGAUUCUUAUUGUAGGGAGCCUAGGAGGAUUUUUAAGGGAAGGUACCUUACCUAAAGCUAAGCACCUCCAAAAAAUUAUCCGCGCAAAAAUCGUUAAUUUUCUUCUUCUUCAAAUUGCUUCAAAUCGAAAUUUGUGUUGUAAUUAACCACUAAUAAUCUUUGUCUGACGCGCUCGAGUCAUGCCACGAAAUUGCCACAUAAAUUGUAAGUAUCAUGUAUAUAUUAUUUCAGUUAUAUGAUAGAGAAUUAAAAAUAUAAAAAUCUAAUAAAUAAAAAAACAUUUCUCCACCGCUAAAAUUAAAAACAUUAGAGGACUACUUUUUCUUGCUAUUGUAUAAUCUGCGAAUUCCAGUAGGUUUCCGAGACACUCGAGUAAAUACACAUUUAGCAUCUUGGGCUCCCCUACUUAUGACAAGCGCAAUAUAUCAGAGACGGUCUUAGAGAAAAAAAUAUAAAAGCAUUUUUAUAAAAAAAUUUUAGAUCUACAAAUGUGGUUGGGAGUACUUUUUCGAUAAAACUUACCGAUUUCGAGAAAAAUCCAAAAACCCUAAAACUUUGUCCUUUGACCGCGAACAUGUAUUGGCAUUUUAUUUAUAAUGGGGAACCAAAGGUCUACAAAAAUUUGGCUCUGUCGGAAUAAUUGUUAUUUCAAAUGUCUAAAUUGACGGGACAAAUAUAAAAUCAUUCAUAUAUCGUGCGUAUAUGACAAGAUAUAUACAUUUUAUAGGUAUAUUUCAAUUAUCGUAUCUAACGAUUGUCAAAAUUUUAAGAUGAAGAAUAUAUAUUUUAUUACUGAAGUAUAGUAUAUGUAUCUAUUAAACAAUCAAAUUACACAGAGGUGACGUAAAGAUAAAACCGUCGUCGUCUUUGGUAAUUAAGUUUAUGUACUUAUUCUUUUUACACGCUUUUUAUUAGCUUCACCUGUAUGUUUGUUUGUAACCGACUUCUUUGGGCGCGAUUUUGACCCACUUUAAACGGCCAGAUUUCGUUCAAACUUUGUAGAUUUAUUGAGAACCUUUGACAAUACACUAAUUUGAUAAAAUUAUUCCAGUUUUCAAUUUGCAAAAUAUGAUUUUUGUUAAAGCGUGUUUUUUAGUUUUUUUAAACUAUUAUAUUUUAUUUACAUUUGGCUUCGAUCUUAAUUGGAAUAAUUCACAAAACAGUAUUAUAUUUCUCUUGGUUUUAAUAAUAAUUAACUCAUAAAAAUAUCUUAAUAACUUGUUUAAAAUUGCACUAAUACGUUGUCUCAAGGUUGUCUCAUAAAAUAAUUUUAUUAUAAUAAUUAUAUUCGUAUUUAAUGCACGGACACACACACACAAGCGUGUACACGAAUUAAGACUACAUGCACUGAUAUUUUUCAAAGACAUUUCAUUUUAAGUACAGAUAGAUACCAAGUUAUAUAUAUUGAGAAAUGAGAAAGCUCCAAUAUGAACGGAGUUGAAUGAAAUUUCGAUUUUUAUCAUACCUUCGUGUUUUCUCUUACCGCACGUUUACUGAUUGAGGAGUCGGCAAAUACAGAAGUUUGACUAUUUACCAAGUUUUAUCAUACAUCACAGUACUUGUUUCAGCAAAUAUAAGGCCAUGUGUUAAGAGAGUAAGAGAUCAGUGGAGGGAUCAGAUCAAGUUAUUUAACUUAUAAGUUAAGUCGAACGUUUUAAAAACUAUAGAGCGUCUCAGUUUUCUGUUUAUUAUACUUCUAGCAAACUGGCCAUUAACCCGAACAGAGACACACAGAAAACGAAAAUAAUGAAAAAAUGUUUUAUUGCGUCUACCGUGUAAAUAUUUUUUUUGUGUAAAGUUGUUAUUUUGACCUUAUAGAUGGUCACUGCACUGUUAUUUCUUUGUGUAAUUUUCAUUUAAUUUGGAAUUGCAUGUCGCUCGAACAUUCCAUUUCCACAGUUUGAUAUCUUUCUAUUCGGAUAAAUUAAGCAUUUAUGAUAUUCCUAAGUCACAUCACACACAUUCACUUGUAUAUCUACACUAAUGAUUCGAUACAGUUUGUAUGUUUGUAAGUAAAAGCAGUAUUUAGGUGUAUAUGUCCCACUCUCCACUAAGGAGUGUGACCGCAGCGCAUAACUUAACCAUGUACUAUUUAACCGACUAGAUUUAAAAAACAGUAUGUAUUAAUGGGUGCAACAGAUAAUCUGUAACCUUCAUUCAUAACCUAGUUAAUAUAAACAGUCAUAAUUAAUCUCAUUAUAUCGGAUACUCUAAGGUAGUUGUACUUGACAUUGUAUUUAACUAUAUUCCACUAAGAUGUAAUUUUGGCGACAUGUGCCCUCAAUUAUUGCAAUGCUAAUAAAGGCAACAGAC